AACUUGGUACCACGAUUAUUCAGUUUGCCAGCUGAGCUGAUUCAAAACGUGCUUCGAUUUCUUGAGCCGACGUGUCUGGCUGAUCUGGCGCUGACCUGCCGCUUUCUUCGUAACCAUGCUCUGAGUGAUUCUCUGUGGCAACAGCACGUCAACGGCCAGAUUCCGCACCCCUUGACCAGCGCAGCUCCUCUACCAUCUUUCCGGGAUCUAUACAUUACUCAUCAUCCUUAUUGGUUUCUGUGCCGACAUAAAAUCUGGUUUUCGGACAGUGAGCCAAACGGCAAGCUGUUGCUUGCUCGUUAUGAUUCGCGCAGAGGAUGUAUCGAAGCAUAUGCCAUAGUCGCCGAGCCUGGCGUCCGCAAGUUCGAGCACUGGGAGCACGAUGAAGAUGUUUCCAUCCACACCUUCAACCCCAAAGUCCAAUUAGACCUCAACUCACCUGUCUUGAAGCUUGAUCCUGGAAACCCACGUACUCAAGCACAUCUUUCUGACCAAUAUGACGACCAUGGGAGCCAACCCCUUCCCUUGCUGUCUCGUGAGAUCAUGAUGAACUGCUCUGCUCCACCCGGCCUCUACACAUCAUUCAUGCUUGCACGCGACCUUCCAGAGGUCGCCAUAGGCCCUGGAACCAGAGUCUGGCCACCGCUGAAGAUCCCUGCUCUAUCGCGAACUCGCAAUGCUUCGACUCGAUCAUUUCAAGCACUCUCGCACCGACCUUCAACUCUGGACGAGGUCAGUCAAAACACCUUUCGUUUGCGGAAGUGGGUUGAAUUCUCUGGCCGCCGUCACAGCAGCUCAAUAAUGGCCUUGGGUGCUGCUGAUCGCAUCCACACUGCUCUUGGGUUCGGUGGCUUUGCUCCAACGCUCAUGAAUGCUGGUGGCCAAGCCAUGACGGUGCGCAUGGGCGAAGAGGUUUCGACGUUUGGAACUUUGCCGCCAAGUUGCUAUGUUCCUACCCAAGAAAAGCCCUGGCAAGGCAUCUGGUGUGGUGAUUACAGUGGCCACGGCUGUGAGUUCCUUCUUGUUGUGCAGCCAGAGAAAGGCGAAGAGAUCCCCUUGCCGGAAAAAAUGAACCAUAUGCUUGAGUGGCUCGCUACUGGUCGAUAUCGGCGCUAUAGCAAUGGUUCUGAAAGCAGCGACAGCAGCUACGCAAGUGCACAAGAAGACCAGGAGUCUGAGCCUGGCACGUCUUCCGUCACCGGAUCAUUUACGCCAACUUCACCAGGUAUUACCGAUGGACAGGACAUAUACAGUGGACGCAUCGAGGCUAUCAAGCUGACAGGCGAUCCCAAUGUGCCGCGUGGAGAGUACACGUUCAUCGCUCCUGAUAUAAGUGAUGGCGGUCUUGUACGUAUUGCAGAUGAAGCGGCUUUCCGGGGUGCCAGGGUUGUCAGGAGUGCCGGUCACAUUGCUGGAGUAGGCUUCACAGNNGAGCUCAUUCUUAUAUCCCCUGACUGCCUAGCACAGCACUGGAUAGAGUUUGGACAUAUUUCUUACUACCGUCGUGUCGAUAUCGACAGUCUUCUACGGAUA